AACGAACUACUGGCGGUUGAUAUGUUUUCAUACGCUAGGUUAGACCUGGACCCGUUUAUUGGUCGUCGCCCAGAAGAGGUAAUGCUGAAAUAGUUUCCUGGUGUGCUGCAUUGGGUAGUGGUUUAUCAUAAUCAAUAUUUUUCUGCUCUGCGCACUUUAAAAUGACAUCUACGAAGCCUGGAGAAUGGGUCAUGCAGGCUCUGCUACGUCAGUUAACAAACGUAGCCCAAUUGAAGAUUGAGAAAGCACUUGGAGAUGGACAAGAAACAAACCUCGUGAAAAGCAUGAAACUAAAUGAAGAUACAGCAUAUGAACAUCUCAUAAGUGCUUUUGGUGUUGCCGCUGAAUUCGCUCUUCCUUCAAUUUUGUCGACACUUUCACUGUGGUAUAGAUCUCAGCACUCAUCUGGGAGAUAUUAUCAACUCCACCAGUUUCAGUCUUUAAGUUCAGCUAAUGAGUACAUUGGAAAAGUUACUUCAAUGGCGGUCCAACGUCCUUUAGCUAACGAUAGUAAUCAUGUUGUUGAAAGUCAACAAGUUUCAUAUCUUGCUGCCAAUAAAUCAGAAAAGACUAUCAAAUGUGCCUCAGAAUCAUCUUCGCUGUCAAAAUCUCACAAUUUACCUUUACCAGAGUUAUCUGUUUUAUUUGAACGACGCGAUCUUGCCAUUGAUAUUAUAUUCUGUCAUGUCAUGCUUGCAGUUUUAAAGCAAUUGCCUUUUCAUCCAGGCCAUAAUGAUGUUAUUGAAUCAAUCUUAGAGCAAUGUUUCGGAAGAUUUAACUAUAGAGAGGAUUUGCAGCCGAAAAACAGUGAAAAUAUUAAUCUCGUUGCUGAUCUAUACGCAGAAAUUGUUGGACUGUUAUUCCAGUCAAGAUUUGCUCUGGUACGCCACAAAUUUAUGAGUUGUCUGAAUGAUCUACGAUCGAAAGAAAACAGUCAAAAUAACAGAGCUAGUAUUGUAUCCCUUAUAAUGGGGAUGAAGUUUUUCCGAGUUAAAAUGCAUCCAAUCGAAGAUUUUGUGAAAUGUUUCACAUUCUUACAAGAAUUAGGUCAAUACUAUUUGGAAGUGAAAGAAAUUGAAAUCAAGCAUGUACUCUCUGAUUUGUUUGUUGAAAUUUUAUUGCCAGUAGCUGCUGUUGCACGCCAAGAAGUCAACAUCCCAGCAUUAAAAACAUUUGUGGAAAAUUUAUAUCCAACAAGUUUGGAAUUGGCUAAUAAGAAGAAACAUAUCCCAGCCUUAUUUCCGUUAGUGACUUGCUUGCUGUGUGUUGGUACUAAAUCAUUUUUCUUGAAUAAUUGGACCAAUUUCUUGUCUAUCUGCUUAAGUCACCUUAAAAAUCGGACUUCUAAAGUAGCUUUGGUCAGUUUGCAAUCAUUAUCCUGCAUACUGUGGGUCUACAUUGUACGUAUCAAAGGUGAAAAACAUACGGAAACUCAAACAAAAUUACACACAAUUAUCAAUAGUUUAUUUCCAAAAAAUCAGAAAAUCAUUCUACCAAAAGAUGCACCGAUCAAUAUAUUUGUACGUAUUAUUCAAUUUAUUGCUCAUGAAAAGCUUGAGUUUGCCAUGAAAGAAGUUAUCAUUGAGCGGCUAGGGGUGAAUGGAUUGCAGAAAACUUUGGUGAUGCCAGAGCGAAUAAACGUAGGUAUAUGUGCAUUUCUGCUGAUUGCCCAUGGUCUUCAACAGAAGGAGGGGGAACCGCCCAUGCCUCAACAAUCCAUUGGUGCUGGCGGGGUUGGUGGUGGUUUUAGGCAAGCUGUUAUUAAACGCUCUUUUCAUGGUACCAAUUUGAAUGAAGCAUUGGGUUCUUUAUUAGGAAUACAAAGUUAUUUGGUACCUGUUCGAAGAGCAUUUGAACACAUUUUACGUCAGCUGGAUACUCAAGUUUGUCGUCCAAUGAUGUUACCAAAACAAGAAGUUACUCAAAAAGAAUUUGACGAGUUAAUGACGGCAGAUCGUAAACCUAAACUGGAUUUACUAAAGACUUGUGUUGCCUGUAUUCCUCGUCUGCUUCCUAUUGAUAUGACUAAACAAGAGAUUUUAGAAAUACUAGCUAAAGUUUGUCUACAUGUUGACGAAGACGUACGGAAAAUGGCACAGCAAGCUAUGGCCAACUUGAUAGUCGAACUACCAGCUUAUCGGGUUAAAACAAUACAAGUUUUUAUACAAUUUAUUCAGAAAAAUGUAGCUGAUACAUCACCUCACCAACUAGAUAGCUGUUUGAAGACUUUAUUUCAUCUAUUAAAUAAUUGGAAGUUAGCAUUGCAAAAAGAUGGGGCCGUAACGCCUAAUAUGUCUGAAAAAUCAGCUUUAUAUGAAGCUGAAGGAUUUGCUUUGGUCAUGUUGUGCAGUUGUCGUUUAAUCACUAGACGUUUAUCUGUUCAUAUUCUCAGGAAAUGUCGAGCUUUAUCAAAUUUAAUCCAAUCCGCUACUUAUGAUCAAACGUUAAAAAAUCCAAAUGAUUCACGUGAAUUGUGUUGUAUAGAUAUUUUAGACCGUUCAGUGCCAAUUAUUUUGAAACAUGUUUUGCCUAUAUUACCUUUAAGUGAAAGAUCUGCUUUGUCUUCAGUGUCUAACAUGGAUUUUUCUGUCUUUACGGAGCGUUCUCAUCCUGUUUGGUUUAGUGGUAGUACACCGCCUGUAUAUUCACCAGUGGUUUUACCAGCUAAUUAUUUGAAUAACACUCAGUACUCUGGUUUAAUGUCUAACAAUGACGUUCAGCAAAGUGAAGAAGUCCGAUUUAAUGGUUUAUCAAAUCUUCACGAUCUUAACAAAUUAAACAAUUCUAAUAAUAAUAACAACAAUUGUAAUACUAAUAAUAGUCCAACUGUAAAGAAUCCAGUUACCGGUAACACAAUUGAGAAAUCUAAACCCGAUGAACCUGUUGUACAGGAAUCAUUUACAAAAAUCGUCAGACCGCAAGUUUCCGGACUACUCAUACCUUCGAAAUCUUUUGAUUUUCGUAAUAUACAAACUUCUAAGUCGUAUUUAUCUACAACACCUGUUCAUCGAAGAGCAUCUCAGUAUAAUCAACAAAUUCAGCAUACUCAACAGGCUUAUAUUAUGCAGCCAAUACAAGAACGUGUGGCUGUCACAGAUGUAUGGGCUACUUGUCUUUCUAUUGUAUUCAACUCAUCUAAUUUGCCUACAAGUUGUCCCAUGGCCAUCAAAUCUGCUUGGUCAAUAUUAUUUCAACGAAUAAAUACUAUUUUUCCUUUAAUUGACCCAAGCGCACAAAUGGCUGAAAAUCGAGCAUCCUCGUUACUCCGAACUGGAAGUAAGAAACCUGCGAAUGAACGUGAGCAGUUCAUUCCUCUUUGGCAUAAUUAUGUCGUUGUUGGAUGUUGUAUAGCUCCGAGCUCUACUGGUUUACGGAUUUCAAAAUCUCCAGACAAGCGCUAUCAGCCUGGGUUUCACCUACAAAAACAUUCGCCUGACUUUCCAACAAAAGGAGAUUCUAAUGAUUGUGACAAUAAUCGAUCUCCUACUCAAUCAGAUGAAGUGGUAAAUCAAACGAUUGAUUUGAAUGCUAACUCAUCGUCUAAUCGUCCAGUUGUAUCUAAUUCUUCAUGCAUUAAUUGGUCUAAUUCGCCAGAUUUAAAGUAUUCAACAUCGUUUGGAAAGGUGAACGCUAGAGAUUUAGUCAAGUUGUUAGUACCUUUGCUUAGAUGUGAACAACCGGAAAUAAGAGAUUCAGCUAUUGGUGGUCUUGGUCGGAUAAAUCCGGCUGCUUUCAGAGAUGUCCUUGAAGACUUGCAACCAUUGCUAAAAGAAUCUUUCGAUCGAAAACAAGAGAAUUUACGCCGUCGACGUCGACGUGAUGGUUUACGAUCUGCUUUAGUCAAAACUCUUUCUCUUAUGGCACAGACUGGUGUAUUUGCAUAUCCUGAAUCAAAUAUAGUCACACCUCAAGGGUCUUUAAUUUGUCAACUUCUUGAUUACAUGGAUGGAAUGAGAGGUUAUUUAGAAUCAGUUUCAGACCAGUUAUUAAGUCCAAUCAAUUAUACGCAUCAGCUAUGUACAUCGUUAAAUCUGUUAGUUCCUAUACCGUCUGGUUCUACUUCUCAACAAGUUACUGCCGUUGGAAGUAUUUCAAGCAAUCAUCAAGGGAGUGGAUCUAUUAACGCUAAUUCUGUAAUUGCUUCUUUAUCUACUCCUACAACUACUGGACCUUCAUUAACUAGUUAUUCGUCUGAAUUUUAUUUAUUGGGUGAAAUUCGCUUGCAUUUUUGUAUUUUUAUUAAAGAGCUAAUUCGACGUUUACCAAAACAGAGUCGCACAGCUUUAUUGCCUCCAACAUUAAGGCAUCAAUUAUUCAUUUUGUUGUCUCACUGGAGUGCCCAUUUUGAUCAUAUCAUGGGGACGUACUUAGGGUCUGAAGGCCCAGUGCUUACUGAAUCUUAUUCUUUAGAUUCGAAUGAAAAUAUAGUCGGACAACCAUCUAGUCUAAAUGGGAUAGUUGGUUUUUCUCCAUCAAAUGAAAUACCUUACGGAAUUUUCGGGAUUCACCACCAGUUAUCAAAUGAUAAUUUCCUGCAAUCUCUCAAUAGUCUGGGUGUUAACAGUGCUCCAUCUUCUGGUUCUAUAGAAUGCAAUGCCAAUAUGAGUGUUUCAUCAGGCCAAACCAGCCAGAGUCCUACAAUUCAACAGAAAACAUGUGAAGGCGAACAAAUUGAUAGGAUUGAAUCUGUGGAAUAUUGUUUAUGGAUUGAUUUAAUUUGGUUAUCAAAUCAAGCUAUGGCAGCUUUGGUAUGUUGUGGGGCAAUAUUUGAUCGUUCUGCUUUGCUACCGCAAGACAGUGGAAAAUUAAACCAGAUAAUCCUAGGCGUGGGUUCGGAUGCAUCAUCUUUUCCUGGUCCAGAACGUUUAAAUAGUGGUUCAGGUUCAAAUGUUCGCACUCCUAGUUCUGGAUAUGUGCUUCGUUGGAUUUCUGGUCUUCUUGUUGCACGUGAUACUGCUCUCAGUUCAUGUCCGUGGCUAUGGUUUUGUCCCAUUACAGGACGCGGUCUUUUGCAUAGUACUUUAACUCCUGGAGGCGCAUCAUUGUGUGGCAACAGUCAUACACGCUCUCGCACAAUAGCAGCAGGUGGUGGUCGCCGAUUAGAUUCUCUACUUCGACAACUAGGUGAAGAAACCUUAGUCCUUAUGUUGGAUUUCAACUCUGACAAUACAUGUCUUUUCAACUGGGUAAUUGAUCAGUGUUAUACUGCAUCAAACAUAUCACUGUCCACAGCAUGUUUUGAAUGCAUUUGUCUCACAAUGAGCAAUAUGCCGAAUUUCGCUUGUGAUUUUAUUGCCAUGAUCACUUUGUGCUUCGUUUUUAUUGAUCAUCCUUCAAGAUUUCUCUCUGACAGAGCUUUCUAUUUACUGCGAAUUCUUUACCAGCGUUUCAUCAUAGAACCUGGCGAAAUUCUAUUCAAACAAGCACAUCCAACAGAAAUUGAUAAAUCAUUCGUUCCCAACGAAGCAGCUAAUUCUCAAUCAUCCCCAAAUUUGUGCAUACCAGGGGGUUGUGACUGUUCUCAGUUGUGUAAAUACUUGCAAAUAAAUAAACUAUUUUACCAUUCUUUUAACCGUUGGUCUCCUUGUGAAGUUUUGAGACAGUUUUCCGCUCAACAUCCUGAAUUUACACUCACUAUUUUUUCUGAGGUUUCUAAACGUCUUGAAAAUGCUAGAGAGGGUUUACGCAUCCCAUUAUUACAUUUACUUUCAAUUUGGCUUGUCAAUGUGGAACUUGUAGAUCUUGUGGAAGGUGAUCUAUUCGAUGCAACAAAUCAUAGUAUGGAUAAAGAUGAUGAUUUUUCCGAUUUAGAUAAAGAUAGUUUUAUCUGUCCGUCAAAUAACUUCGAAAAAUCUGUCAAUUUACCUGAAUCUGUCGGAAUUCCUACAUUCAAAGCUUAUAAUACCACCAAUUUACUUGAUACAUCAGAACAACAGCAACGAAAAGAUUGUUCUGAUUAUCGUACACGUCCAUCAAAACGAUACAAAUGUUCAAAAAACUUUUUAAAUUCAGAAUCACUUUAUGAUCAUGAGGAUGCUGACACUGAUUCAGAUAAUGUUGUUAACGAUCGAAAUUUCAAAUCACUAACACUGUUGAGAAUGCGCGCACGUCAAACUAUGGCAGAUGAACACGCAGAUAUUUAUAGUCCUCGAGCUUGUCGUCUUCAUAAUCAUUUCAAGAAGAAUGGAUGCAAAUAUAAUACUAAUAAUAAUGAACUACAUUGGUCAACUGUGCCUCCUACUCUUCGCUCUAGAGGAUGGGGAUCGAAAAAAGCCACCGAAUUUGUGCUUACAAAUCUUUUCUACUUAUCCUUAAGACUUGCUGAUUGUCCGACUUCAUCUGAGGUAAUAAAACGACUUUGGUUGACAUUAAUUCGCUACAGAUCAACGAAUUUACGUGUGAUUCUUCGAUAUCUUAUCAUUAUUACUUCUAUUGCACCCGGUACUCUGUUAGUACAUGUUAAACGUCUCCUUACAUAUCUGGCUUCUGAACAAGCUGAGCGUGUUAUCGGAGAACUAAUGGUUGAAAUGCAGACUAUUGAUGGCAUCGGUCUAGUUGUUGAACCUAUAUCUAGUUUGCCAUUCUUUCGAGUUAGUACUUCUACUCAGCAUCAACAUCAUCGUCAAUCUAUUGAAAAAUUAAAAUCUCCCAAAUUUCAGUCAUGCGUUCCAAAUAAUUCAUUACCGAAUACUGUGAAUAAUUCUAGUCAGAGAGUUAAUGAUAGUUUACUAGCUAACCAAGAAGGAAUAGGACAACCAGAUGAUGAAUUAGUUGCACUUGGUUUAGGUAGUAAACCUUGUUCUAACACAACGGCGCAAGUACGAACGUUACAUAGUGCUAUCGGAGGAAGUUACGAUUAUCACUGUAUCGAUUAUAAUUUGAGUGUGAAGUCUCCUUCUUCAAAUGUAACAGUACGUCCAAAAUCAGCUACAUGUCAACCAUCUACUGUCACUAUAUCUACUAAUAGACCAGAUCAACAAACUACCUUAAAUGAAAGUAGAAUACAGUUUACGACAAUAUCAUCCACUUCAAAAGAUAAUAACAACAAUCACAGCUCUUCUGAAUCACUACAAUUGGAGAAAUACCAUGAAUCAUCAGCAACCUUAUCUAACUACCAGUUAGUUGAAGGAAGUGAUGGAGAGCCAGAAAUUGAUCUUGAUUCAUUUGAAGGUAAGUAAAUGUUAUACUCAAACAAACUUAAUUAUUUAUGCAAUUGCUACUGUUCAUCAAUUUAACUCCCAAUACUGGAUGAAUCAAGUGAUAGCUCGGUAAUGGAAUUACUCUACUCCAUCUCGCAUGCACUUCUAUUUGGGUACCCGUAUUGUAUCACUAAUCCUCACUCAUGAAAUAUUUGAAGCUGCAUUCUAAAUCACAUUUUCCACCUAAUUAGUUCCCCAAACCUUGAGCACUAACUCAUUACAAACUAUUUUGUUUCCUUGAAUAAACUGAUCCAUCCAAUUGCUGCUUGAUGUGUUCCGAUGAUUGACGCUUACACUAUGGAAGAAUAUAUCUUCUUGGAAAACUUAAGAAAUGUGUAUUUGUAUUUGUAGUGUCGUCAACUUGGGAACGUGGCUGUUAAUUUUAAUAGAUAACUUCUUGAUCGCUAUGUGAGAAGUAAUUUCCUACAGAUUCAAUUCUAAUCUAUUCUCUAGACUGUCGUGCACAGUCUUAGCAUAGCCAAAGUCAGAACAAGUAAAUUAACACAGUGUACAAAAUAAACAAUUUAUACAGUAAAAAGAGAGAUAAAUAAUAUAUCGAACAGUAAGCAGAGGAUAGGAAAAAUAAGUCAACGGACUUAAUAUCGUUCAUGAUAAACA